GCUCACUACAGUCUUCCAGUCGCUUUCAUUCGUUUGUUGCAUAAACAUCGCUGGUAGUCACUUUCGUAGUUAACAGUUUCUGAACUGAAAAGCCGAUAUAAUUAUGCAGGAAAUACUAGCCGAAUUAACCAGGAAUGAAGUGUUCCGAGUGUACGUAUUCUGGUCCGGUGUUCUAGUGCUUAAAAUGCUGUUCAUGUCAGUGUUCACUGGAAUGACACGGUUCCGUACAAAGACUUUUGCCAACCCAGAAGAUUUGGUGUCGAAGAAGUUGAAAGUUAAAUUUGGUGACGAAGAUGUGGAACGUAUCCGAAGCAAACUUUCUCUUUUCUUUUAUAGAGCGCAUAGAAAUGAUUUGGAGAACAUUUUGCCAUUCUUCACCAUUGGCUUCUUCUAUAUCUUCACAUCGCCAAGUGUUUAUUUUGCAACUCAAUUGUACCGUGCUGCCGCGAUUUCCCGAUUACUUCAUACCUUUGUGUACGCUGUUGUCGUCGUGCCACAACCAGCUCGUGCAAUAGCUUUCUUCGUACCUCUAGCAGUUACUGGUUACAUGGCAGUUAGUACAAUUCUGUACUUUUUGUAAAUUUUGUAGCGCUGUUGCAGCUUUUUAAGUGGAAUUAAAGGGUGUUUUGUACAAUUCA